AUGGGAAAAUUACAGAAACAUUUCACUUCUGAAGCGCACAAAUCUGCAUUAACUGAUUAUUGCAAUUACAUGAAAAAAUCAAAUAACAUUGAUGUUAUGCUAGACAAAACAGUACGUGAGCAAAAAAUUCAGGAAGAGAGCAAUCAAAGUUUUCAUAAAGAAGUAAUAUGUAUUUUACUGGAUGUAACCAAAACCCUUGCUAGACAAGGUUUAGCAUUUAGAGGAAAAGACGAUGAUGAAAAUGGAAACUUUAGACAAAUUACGUAUUUACUUUCUAGGCAUUGUCCAUUGUUAAAAAAAUGGCUAGAUGAUUCUUGUUAUCGGUCAUACCAUUCUACAUAUUUGAGUCCCCAAUCUCAAAACAAGUUCAUAACCAUCCUUGCGUCAUCAGUGAACAAAAUUAUUAGGGCUAAAGUUAAGGAAUUCGGUCAGUUUUCUGUAAUGGCCUAUACAACGCCUGAUUUGUCACAUACAGAUAGGCUAUCAGUAGUUGUAAGGUUCGUCAAUAAUGAAGGUAGAGCAGAAGAAAGAUUAAUAGAAGUCCGCGAAGCCUUAAAUAAAACUGGUGUAGGAAUGGCAAAUGACAUAUUAGACACAUUGCAAAAGAAUGAGUUGGAUCCUGAUAAUUUUGUUUUUCAGUCGUAUGAUUUUGCCAGCAGUAUGUCAGGAGUAUUUAAUGGUGCACAACAAAAAUUAACUGAAAUAUUAGGUAGAAAAAUACCUUACAUUCCAUGUCAGGCUCAUAGAAUUAACACAUUCAUUGAACAUGGAUGUGAAGCUAGUAUAAUUAUAUCCGAUAUGUUUUCAGUAAUGCAAGAACUGUAUGUAUUCUUUUCUUCGAGUACAAAACGAUAUUCACCAUUACUGAAUAAACUAGCUGAUAUUGAAAUUGCAUUGAAACUAAGAAAUUUGUCGAAGACAAGAUGGACAGCACGUGCUGAGGCAAUUAAGUCUGUUUGGUCAUCAUUUAAUAUAAUUAUUGAAGUUUUAGAUGAGAUAACAAAUACCAAGGACAAAUUUGAUAAAUCUACCAGAAAUGCAGCGUAUUCUUUAUCAAAACGUUUAAUUUCCGUAGACUUUGUUGUAAGUAUUUCAUUCAUGAAAAAUGUUAUGUAUAAGAUGAAGUUAUAA